GCAAAUUACCAAAGGCGUCUCCUUUUUCUCUUCUCUUUUCUCUGUUCUCUCUCUCUCUCUUUCUCUCUCUCUUGUUCCCACGGACAAGAACAUUUCCAUUUUGCCCCAAAUUCCUUUUAAAUCUUCGCUGGAAUCGCUCCGAUCCGGCCUAAGUUCUCGUUCCCCUCUUCCAGUUCUAGGGUUUCGAUUCUGUCUCGGCCGGAUCUAGGGUUUUUUGGGGUUUCCGAAGACCUUCUGGGGCUUCUUAUGCGCCUGCUCCCUGACGGCACAACCGAUCGGAUCUGGAACCACCGAUGUCGAAGGGCGAAGAAGACGCCGUCGAGAUCCGCGACGUGUGGGCCGGAAACCUUGAGUCGGAGUUCGCUGUGAUCCGAGACAUCGUUGACGACUUCCCCUACGUCGCCAUGGACACCGAGUUCCCCGGCGUUGUCAUCCGCCACCUCGGGGACUUCAAGCAGCCCGCUGACGCCAACUACCACUCCCUCAGCGCCAACGUCGACCUCCUCCACCUCCUGCAGCUCGGCCUCACCUUCUCCGACGCCGCCGGGAACCUCCCCACCUCCCCUUCCUCCGGCCGCCCUGUUGUCUGGCAGUUCAAUUUCCGGGAGUUCGACGUUGACAGCGACGUCUUCGUCCCGGACUCCAUCGACCUCCUCAGGAAGUCUGGCAUCGACUUCAAGAAGAACCGGGAGGACGGUGUCGACGCCAGGCGGUUCGCGGAGCUGUUCAUGUCGUCCGGCGUCGUCCUUAACGAUUCCAUCCAUUGGGUGGCCUUCCAUGGCGCCUACGACUUCGGGUACCUCAUAAAGAUCCUAACUUGCAGGAAGCUGCCGGAGACCCGGAAAGAAUUCUUGGACCUCCUCCAUGUUUUCUUCCCCGUCGUGUACGACAUCAAGCGCGUGAUCCAUUUGAACAACAACCUUUAUGGGGGCCUCAACAAGGUGGCCGAGAAGUUGGAGGUGGAGAGGGUUGGGACCUGCCACCAAGCGGGUUCCGACAGCUUGCUCACCGCCCGGGCCUUCAUGAAGAUGCGCGGGCACCGCUUUGUUGGGUCCAUGGAGAAGUAUGUCGGCUUGUUGUUUGGGUUGGAUAUUGAGAGUGCUCACAACCAGAAUUAGGGAAACGCAUCUUAGAAAUAAAUCAUGAAUAGAUUUGAGGGAAAGAAAAGGACGUGGUCCAUUCUUACUUGUGAAUCUGUUGUUUCUUCCAUCUCAUGUUGUACUUACAGCUUUCAAUGAAGAAAGGUCUCUCCUUUAGCAUGUUUCUAUUA